GUAAACAAUACAGUUCUCUCCCCUUUCAGCUCCUGCACACUGCUAUGCGUGGCUUUGCAUAGUAGAGCCAUGCAAAGCUGUGUGCUUACAGUGAACACAGUAAAACAGCACACAGCAAACAGUUAACCCUUUGACCACCCUACAUGUUAACCCCUUCUGGCCCAGUGCCAUUAGUACAGUGUCAGUGCUUUUUAUUAGUACUGAUCACUGUAUUGGUGUCACUGGGGAUGUCAGUGACACCAAGUCAGUUCCCCCCAGUUGUCAGAAUUCCCACCGCAGUCCUG